CGUAACUAUUGGGGAAAUGUCAGGUAACGUAUUGAACGACUUAACUGUGUUGGCUGACGAAGUGAUCGGUCCUCUUCUGUGUAACCCAGAAAAUCAAAGGGGAUGGCCUAGGAUAGUACAGAAUGAUAUGCGGAGACAUGUCAACGAACUCAGGAAUUUGAUGUACCAGUUAAAAGGAGAAAUGACUAGUCAAGUGUUACUACCGAUGCCUGCGGGCGUAGAAACCAUUUAUCAAGCGGAAUCUAGGUUAAAAGAAAGCGAUGGAGAAGAUGUAGACUUGUAUUUGAAAACCAACAUAGAGGGAGCUAUAAUAAAAUGGACGCAACAAGUUCAUGACUUAUUGGCACAGGAUUCUUAUAUUGCAUUCAAAAGAACGAAAUUUCCCCUACCGAGUGCGGAUUUAGAAUUCUACCAACAGCGGCUGAAGAAUCUAGAAGCUAUUGUGGAAUGUCGUGAUAUAUUCGUGUAUCAGAGACCCUUGCAAUCACACUUCGAAACAUUUGAAGCAACAGAAUUCGUUGAAGGAAAGCAUUUGAUCAGACCGAUGCUCCAUUGCAUCGGACUACUGUGGGGCAAUUCUAGAUACUUCUGCAGCGUCGAAAAACUUAUUCCUUUGCUUCGUGAAGUAUGCAACCUUGUAAUACAGCAAAAUUCAAACUGUGUCGAUCCCCCGACUAUAUUCCAAGGAGAGCCCGAUGAACAACUGAUCAAGAUUAGAAAGUCUCUCCAUAUUUUGAAUCAUUUCCUUGAGACGUACGAGAUGAACCGGGACAAGGUGAACACAUUCUUCCCUCAAGGGGUGUUGCCAGUGCGGUGGUCUUUCGAUUUUGAUCGCGUCUUCAAACGAUUCAAUAUAUACCUGAAGCGACUGAAAAUGAUCGAAAAUAUACUAGAGUCUACUGUAGAAAUUCUGAAGUUGGAAAAAGUAGAGUUUUGUGGCCUAAGAGGCAAGAUAUUGAGUACCGAAUGCAUGAAGGUGUUAGAUGAUUACUCGUUGAGAUACAACUAUUUGGGUAACAUACAAUAUGACCCGGCGGAUCCAGAAGACGAUUCAUUCUUGGCAGACUAUGACGCCCAUAUGGCGGUACUAGAUGAUGUAGACCGACGACUAGCGUCUUUGUUCUCACAAGGACUUGACGAGUGCCAUAAUUUGGAGCAUUUCUUUAAGUUUUUCCAAAUCAUUGGAGAUCUGUUUCACCGGCCUAUUAUCAAGAAUGAAUUGAAGCCGAAAUUGCCCAGGUUACUUGAUUACAUGCACGCCAAUUUAGACGCUGUUAAAGAAAUUUUUGACGAAGAAAUGGCGAAAAUAUCCCGAGGGCCGGAACGACCGAUGGUGGAUCCGUAUCUACCACCAGUUGCUGGUAUGCUCUGGUGGAUUCACAAACUUCGCAGGAGGAUUCAGUCACCUAUGGAAGAUUUUAUCAUGUUUGAAGAUCCUAUAAUAGAAUCAGAAUACGCGUUGUAUAUGAAACAAAAGACGAAUGAAAUGCUGGGCUACCUGAACGUGGCCGAGGACAAACAGUUCAAGGCGUGGUGUGCUACUGUACCUGGUAUUUGCAAAACUCAUCUUGCCAAGAAUCUAAUAUACCGAGAUCCACCUUUUGUUCGCAAUAACUUCAGUCCUGAGCUUGUAAUGUUACUACGGGAAAUACGUUACAUGAAAUACUUGGAAAAACAGGGUAUCCCUCAGGAUGGUUUGGAUCUUUACAACAGAAAUGAGAAAUUACAGUAUGAUAUGAAUCGCCUGAACCGCGCAAUAGCGUGGUACAAUGCGAUCCGUGAGGGUAGCCACGAAACGGAGGUGGCGCUCAUUGAGAAGGAGAUAUCUGCCAUUGACCAGUUGCUGGGUCACGGUGUGGAAGAACUCACUUGGAAUGAUGACUUUACUGAUUGGAUGGCGGAAGUAUACACUGCGAUAAACACACUACAAGAGCGGGUUUUGACUGCUCAGAACAACGUGAAGCGAGGGUUGGCUAAUAUCGCGACGAGAAACGAUAUCCUUGCAAGCCAUAAAGAGUUCCAAGAAAUAUUGAAAGAUAAUUAUAAACUGUUCUUCAAUAUAAAGGAUGAAUCUGAAGAGGAUCAAUUGGAGGAAGAGACAUUGGAAGAAGUAGACGAAUCUACGUUAGAUGAUGAAGAAAGAGAAGCAAGGGCUAAAAAACUUCAAGAAAUUGAAGCAAGGCGUGAGGAGGCACGUUUAGCUAGAGAGGAAAGGGACCGAGAGAAGGCAAUAAAAGAUCAGAUUAAGUUUGAAAGACGAGAGGCUCGUCGGUUGAAGAGAGAAAUUAAAGAAUUUGAAAAGGCUGAGAGACAGGCUCGACGAGCAGAAGGCGAGGAGGUGGACUCGCCAGCCGAGGAAGUGGAAGAGUUAGAUCCCGAAGAAUUAGCUGAUAUUGAAGAAGAAAGACGUGAAAUGGAGGAAGAGGCAUUCAGAGCAUCGCGUUGGCCGGCCUAUGUGAAAUACGUGGACUCACUUGUUUCUCGUCAAAUAAUGAAAGCUGUGCAGACUAGUUUGAACUUGUUUGAGAAACAGACUGACUUGGAAAAGGGUCCGAGGGUGGCGUUUAUGGAAGUGAUCGCUGAGCUUAGAGAUCCAGAUAUUUAUUUCUCUCCGUCUCUGGAUGUGAUGGAAGAAGACGGUCUUUUCUAUACUCUGAUGGAAAUGAUGAAGGAUAUGUUCCUACAGACCACACUGUUUCCUAGAAUAGACCCGAUUAUACCCAUAGCUUCUUAUGAAGAUGAUUUAAUUGGCGAGGAUGCUAUGAUUGAUUUAUACCAUGAAAUGUUGAAAAGAAUUGAAAACAGCAUUAACGACAUCGCUCAGUACUCGUCGAUAGACAAGUACAAUGCAAUGUACGAUGAGGUGGCGGCUCUACCUUCCGAGUAUCUAUGCAACGGUUGGCUAAAGUUGGAUCUCAAACGGCUGAACCAAGCCAUCAUGAACAUUAUAUGCAAGUGGAGUAACCUUUUCAAAGAGAAUUUGAAAGACCAUGUGCAUAAGAGUUUGGAUGACCUUGAAGAGUUCAUAGCGUAUGCAACUAAAGCGUUAUCAGUGGAACUAGCAGAAGAUGAUUACGAUGGCUUACUCAAAGUGAUGGGAGUGCUGAAUGAGGUUCGAGCCAAGAUGGACGCCGACACUGACCACAUGUUUGAACCACUCAGAGAUAUUAUAGAUGUGCUUAAAGAAUAUGGUGUUGAGUUCCCCGAGGAAACUUAUGAACAGCUGGAUGUGUUGCCUGAGAAAUGGCGUAACUUGGUGAAGCAAGCGACGGUAAUGAAGAACACGGUGGCACCGCUGCAAGCUGCUCAGGCCGCACUCAUUGCCAAGCGAGUGGCACUCAUCAACCUACGGCUUAACAUGUACAGGGAACAGUUUAAGACUAAAGAGAUGUUCCUCGAAUCAUGUAAGGAACCGUAUAGAAGUAUUGAUAAAGUCAACCAGGAGCUUGUAGGAUUUGAAGACAUAUUAGAGGGGUUAAAGAAAUCCUGUGGUUUGUUCGAUAUCCAACCUCCUGACGAGAAGAAUCUCAAGCAAUGCAGACGCGAACUUAAACUUAUCAAGGUGAGGGAGCCGUAUGGCGUAACAGAAUCAACAAUUAAGAACUUGAUGACAUCUUUGAGAGCCGUCACUGACCUACAGAACCCUGCUAUUAAGGACAGGCAUUGGUUAGAACUGAUGAUGGCACCAAGGCAUUCAUAUGUAGAAACACCAUCCAUUAAUAGAACGUUAAGUAAAUCAUUAGAUGAUAUUAUGAAAGAAUUUGAAUCAUUAGAAGAUGUAGCCGUAGAAAGUAAUAAAGUUAAGUUCCAAAUCGAUGACGACACAACACUGGCAGACUUGCUCGCUCUAAAUCUACACAAAUAUGAAGAAGAGGUGAAAACUAUCGUCGAUAAAUCUGUCAAAGAAGCUGCUAUGGAGAAAACUCUCAAGGAAUUGGAGACUACUUGGGCUGUUAUGGAAUUCGAAUACACUAAACAUGACAGAACUGGAGUCAAAUUGCCUAGAGCUAGUGAGGAGCUUGUAGAGACACUGGAAGACAACCAGAAUCAAGUACAAAACAUGAUGUCCUCCAAGUUUGUCGGUUUCUUCGAAAUGGAGGUUACUGAAUGGCAGAAGAAACUGGGCACUGCUGACGCUGUGAUAGCUUUAUGGUUCGAAGUACAACGUAAAUGGCAGUACUUGGAGAGCAUUUUCGUAGGUUCCGACGAUAUUCGAUCACAAUUACCUGAAGACUCGGCGAGGUUUGAUACUAUUGAUAAAACGUUUAAGGAAAUGUUGAAAGAUAUAGCUACUACACCUAAUGUAAUAGAGGCAACGAACAAACCGAAUCUGCAAGAAAAUCUCGAGGAAUUGAUGGAGCACUUGAACAAGUGCGAGAAGGCACUAAACAAUUAUCUGGAACGAAGCGAUUGGCUUAUCCUCGCUUUUACUUCAUAUCUUGUCGAACGGCAAUAAUCCCCCAGCGGUGUGUCGGCACUUGCCGAAGUUAUACGACAAUCUGGCGAAGCUUGUGUUCCCUAGCGCGACCAGCAAGCAAGCCAUCGAGAUAAUAUCCAAGGAGAACGAGGAACAUGUGCCAUUUAAAGCACCCUGCUGUGAUUGUAGUGGAAAGGUGGAAACAUGGCUUAACAGAGUAACUGACUGCAUGCGUAUGACUCUGCGUGACAUUUUGGCGCACAGUGUGAAGUCGUAUGAAGAGAAACCUCGAGACGAGUGGGUGUUCGACUGGCCCGCACAACCUGCGCUCGUCGGCACUCAGAUCUGGUGGACCUCGGAGACUAACCAGGCUUUUGAGAAACUCGAAGAAGUGGGGGAUCGACAAAAGAUUAUGACGAUCUGUACGAUUGACGUACACUCUCGAGAUGUGGUCGCUAAACUUAUUGUGGCGAAGGUGGAGUCGUCUAAUGCCUUUCAGUGGCAGAGCCAGUUGAGACAUCGUUGGGAUUAUUCCAUUGGGCAUUGCUUUGCGAAUAUUUGUGAUGCACAGUUUAUGUAUGAUUAUGAGUACCUUGGGAACACGCCUAGGCUUGUAAUCACGCCUCUAACUGAUCGCUGCUACAUCACUUUAACACAGAGUUUGCAUCUGGUAAUGGGCAGCGCUCCUGCUGGGCCCGCGGGUACUGGGAAGACAGAAACCACGAAAGAUUUGGGUAGAGCUCUGGGCAUUAUGGUCUAUGUAUUCAACUGCUCCGAACAAAUGGAUUACAAAUCUUGUGGCAAUAUUUAUAAAGGUUUAUGUCAAACUGGCGCAUGGGGAUGUUUCGAUGAGUUCAAUCGGAUCUCAGUGGAGGUGCUCUCCGUGGUGUCGGUCCAAGUGAAGACAGUGUUGGAUGCUAUCAAAGCUAAGAAAAAGAAAUUCGAUUUCAUGGGAGAACAUAUUACACUCAUAGCCACUGUUGGUAUGUUCAUCACCAUGAAUCCCGGUUACGCGGGAAGAACUGAGCUACCCGAGAAUUUGAAAGCACUGUUCAGACCAUGUGCCAUGGUGGUGCCCGACUUCGAGCUGAUUUGUGAGAUCAUGUUGGUGGCCGAAGGGUUCCAGGAUGCUCGUCUACUAGCACGCAAAUUCAUCACGUUAUAUACUCUGUGUCGUGAACUGCUCUCCAAACAAGAUCACUACGAUUGGGGUUUGAGGGCUAUUAAAUCAGUGUUGGUAGUGGCUGGCUCUUUAAAGCGCGGUGACCGCCUAAGACCAGAAGACCAAGUGUUAAUGAGAGCUCUGAGAGAUUUCAACAUCCCUAAAAUCGUAACUGACGACAUGCCUGUGUUUAUGGGGCUGAUUGGAGAUCUGUUCCCCGCCCUCGACGUGCCCAGAAAACGUGACAUGGAUUUUGAGAAACAUUUGAUUGACGGUGCUAUAUCCAUGAAGCUUCAACCGGAGCCAGGGUUUAUUUUGAAGAUGGUGCAACUAGUAGAAUUGUUCGCUGUAAGACACUCGGUCUUCAUUGUUGGCUUUGCGGGAACUGGCAAGUCAAUGGUCUGGCAGUGCCUGAAUAGGACUUAUUACAUGUUGAAGCAAAAACCGUUUUACAAUGAUCUUGAUCCUAAAGCCGUGACUAACGACGAACUCUUCGGCAUCAUUAACCCGGCCACUCGAGAGUGGAAAGAUGGUUUGUUCUCCACCAUCAUGCGUGACAUGGCUAAUAUGCCUGGAGAUGGACCGAAGUGGAUCGUUCUUGAUGGAGACAUUGAUCCGAUGUGGAUUGAAAGCUUGAAUACUCUGAUGGAUGACAACAAAGUGUUAACGCUCGCCAGUAACGAACGAAUUGCUUUGACAAAAUCAAUGCGGCUUUUGUUUGAAAUUGCCACGUUGAGGACAGCUACACCAGCGACGGUAUCACGAGCUGGUAUUCUUUACAUCAAUCCCCAGGACUUAGGAUGGAAUCCAUUUGUCGCAUCUUGGAUAGAAACAGCGAGAGAUGAUGAAUCUGAGAAGGCGAUGCUAACAGUGAUGUUUGACAAAUACAUACCAUCACUGCUGGAAUCCUGCAAGAAGUACAAGAAAAUUACACCGCUUACAGAGUUACAACAAAUACAGCUCAGCUGUUAUUUGCUUGAGUGUUUCUUGAAUAAGACUUUACUACCCAGUGAUUGUCCUAAGGAAUGGUACGAAAUUUACUUCGUCUUUGCCGUUGUUUGGGGCUUCGGUUCAGCCCUUUUCCAAGAUCAAAUAGUUGACUGGCGUAAUGAAUUCAGCAAAUGGUUCUGUAAUGAAUUCAAGCAGAUUAAGUUCCCUUCCACGGGCAACGUGUUCAGUUUCUUCAUUGAUCCAGACACUAAGAAGUUUUUACCAUGGUCUGAAAAAGUCGAGAACUUCGAAUUGGAUCCCGAUAUUCCUCUACAGAUUACCGUUAUAGAAAUGAUUCAGAGAGUAUUAGAAAAACCUUUGGAAAAGAAGUCUGGUCGUAACUUUGGACCGCCUGGCAGCAAGUUUAUGAUAUAUUUCGUGGAUGACAUGAACAUGCCCGAGGUAGACAAGUACGGGACUGUGCAGCCACACACGUUGAUCCGACAAUUCAUGGAUUACAAGCACUGGUACGACCGACAAAAGUUGACGCUGAAAGAUAUUUCAAACUGCAUGUUUGUAGCGUGCAUGAAUCCUACAGCUGGCUCGUUCACUAUUGACCCUAGAUUACAGAGACACUUCUGCACUUUCGCUGUGAGCAUCUUGGUCCAGCAUUUGAUGAACCCUGCCAACAAGUACAUCCCGGUGGUGUAUCGAUAUACCGAGGUCUUAGUAGGAGUGGCUUUGGCUUUACAUACCAAGCUUUCCACUACUUUCCUACCUACGGCCAUCAAGUUCCACUACAUCUUCAAUCUGAGGGAUCUGUCCAAUAUAUUCCAGGGCUUAUUAUUCGCAACUGGCGAAGCCAUCAAGACACCUUCUGAACUUCUUAGAUUGUGGAUGCACGAGGCGACUCGAGUGUACUCAGAUAAGCUGGUCGAUGCCAGUGACAACGAUACUUUUAAUAAGCUUAUGUUCGAGGUGAUCAAGAAAAAUUGUGAAGACUACGAUGAAAAUGUGAUAAUGGAGAAACCCUUGAUCUUCUGCCACUUUGCGGAGGGUAUAGGAGAUCCUAAGUACUUCCCCAUCAAGGACUGGAAUCACAUCAAGAAACUUUUGGAUGAGUCACUCUCUGCUUAUAACGAUCUUGUGGCUACUAUGAACUUAGUGCUCUUUGAAGAUGCCAUGUACCAUAUUUGCAGACGCCCACUACUAUCACCUUUAAUAAUGGACAUCGACUCUGGUCUGAACAUGAAAGCUGGUUUGAAGGCGAUCGGCAAUGUUUUCCUGAUGACCGACGGACAGGUCGCUGACGAGCGCUUCUUGGUGCUGAUCAACGACUUGCUAGCUUCUGGAGAGAUAGCAGAGUUGUUCCCAGAUGAAGAUGUUGAAAACAUUAUCAACGGAGUCAGAGGAGAGACUAAAGCAACUGGUGUGCCUGACACCCGUGAGAAUUGUUGGGCUUUCUUCAUUAACCGGGUUCGCACGUUGCUCAAGGUGAUAUUGUGUUUCUCUCCUGUGGGCGCUACGCUACGAGUGCGCGCGCGCAAGUUCCCUUCUCUUGUCAACUGUACUGCGAUUGAUUGGUUCCACGCUUGGCCGCAAGAAGCGCUGCGGUCCGUCUCCAAACGUUUCAUAGCUGAAGUGGAAUGUUUACCGGAACAAUUAGUAGAUCCUGUGUCGGGCUUUAUGUCACACGUACAUCAAAGCGUAAACGAAAUGUCGGCAAUAUACUACCAGAACGAGAAGCGGUAUAACUAUACGACACCAAAGACCUUCUUGGAACAGAUCGCUUUGUACAGCAAACUUCUUAAUGAGAAGACUAAAAACCUUAAGAUGAUGAUCAUAAGACUGGAGAACGGGCUGGAGAAGUUAGCGUCGUGUGCUGGAGAUGUCGCUGUGUUGAAGGUGACUCUUGCUGAGCAAGAAAUUAUUCUAAAAGAGAAAAACAAAGCCGCCGAAGCCCUCAUUGAAGUAGUCGGCGCUGAAAGUGAAAAGGUGUCCAAAGAAAAAGCAUUUGCCGCGGAAGAGGAGAAGAAAGUAAAAGUUAUAGAAGAAGAUGUAACAAUUAAGGCAAAGAUUUGCGCGGAUGACUUGGCAAAGGCUGAGCCGGCGCUGAUCGCAGCCCAGGAAGCGUUGAAUACACUGAAUAAGAACAAUCUAACGGAAUUGAAAUCUUUCGGAUCACCGCCUGAAGCCGUCGUCAACGUGUGUGCCGCGGUACUCGUACUCUUUGCCAAGAAGGGCAAGUUACCGAAAGACAGAUCUUGGAAGGGAUGCAAAUUAAUGAUGGCAAAAGUAGAUCAGUUCUUGAAUGAUCUUGUGUACUACGAUAAGGAGAACAUUCAUCCCGACGUGGUUAAGGCAGUACAACCAUACAUAAAGAAUCCAGAAUUCAACCCAGGGUUCAUAAUGUCUAAGUCAGCGGCUGCGGCCGGUCUGUGCGCGUGGGUUAUCAACAUCGUUAAGUUCUACGAGGUGUACGUAGUGGUGGAGCCUAAAAGACGUGCCCUCAACGCUGCUAAUGCUGAGCUGCAAGCGGCGAGAGACAAACUCGCCUUCCUUACUGAUCAGAUCGCUGAACUCGAAGAAAAACUGGAAGAACUGCUGAAAGCCUUUCAGGAGGCAGUGAACGAGAAAAUGAAAUGUCAGGCUGAAGCCGAUGCUACUAAUGCAACCAUUGAUCUAGCAAACAGAUUAGUGAAUGGUCUAGCUUCAGAGAAAAUUAGAUGGUCAGCAACGGUAGUUGACUUGAAAGAGUCAGGCGUGAUGCUACCAGGAGAUGUACUACUGGUUACCGCCUUCAUCUCCUACGUGGGCUGCUUCAUGCGCCGCUACCGCAUGCUACUCAUCAACAACGACUGGAUACCUACCCUUGCCAAGACCAACCCCAAAAUCGAUACGACUGAGGGUUUGGAUCCAUUGUCGAUGCUGACAGAUGAUGCGAUGGUAGCUUCGUGGAACAACGAAGGCCUACCCACCGAUACUAUGAGUACGGAGAAUGCAACUAUACUCACUAACUCCGCGAGAUGGCCGCUAUUAAUAGAUCCGCAAUUACAAGGUUUAAAAUGGAUAAAACAAAAAUACGGAGAAUCUUUGGUCGUUGUUCGACUGACACAGCGGAACUAUCUGGACCGUAUUGAGCGUGGUGUGAGUAAUGGUGAAAUCGUGAUACUGGAGAAUAUUGGAGAGACUGUGGACGCUGUGCUUGACCCCUUGCUGGGCCGAGUACUUAUACGCAAGGGGAAAGUGCUCAAAUAUACGAAUUCCAUUUAUAGGUUAGAAGAACAGCUUUUGGGUGAAGUAGUGAAAGCAGAACGUCCAGACCUAGAAUCCUUACGAUCAGGCCUAACGAAGCAACAGAAUGACUUCAAAAUUACUUUAAAAACUUUGGAAGACGAUCUACUAAAACGUUUGUCCUCGGCUGGGCCUGACAUACUCAGUGAUUCAGCACUCGUAAUUAAUUUGGAAACAACCAAGAAGACUGCCGCGGAUAUUGAGAUAAAAGUAGAGGAAGGCAAAAAAACGGCGGUACAGAUUGAUGACGCUAGAGAGAAGUAUAGGCGGGCUGCUGCAAGAGCUUCACUAUUGUAUUUCAUCUUGAACGACUUGUACAAGAUCGACCCGAUGUACCAGUUCUCGCUGAAGGCAUAUAGCGUCGUGUUUAAAGACGCAUUGGCUAAAGCUGAGCAAGCUCCGGAGCUGGAGCAGCGCGUGUUCAACUUGCUCGAUAGCAUCACAUUCGCCGUCUUUGUUUACACCAGCCGAGGCCUCUUUGAAAGGGACAAGCUUGUCUUCCUUUUCCUUAUUACUUUACAGAUUCUGCAAGCUGAAGGUAGAGUAGACCCGCUAGAAUUGGACUUCUUAUUGAAGUUCGCAGUGGCACCGGACAUAUCGCCAUACCCUUGGCUGAGUAACCAAUGCUGGGGUGGUGUCAUCGCGCUUUCCAAAAUGGAUGCAUUCGAAAAUCUUGACAAAGAUAUUGAGGGAGCUUCCAAAAGAGCAUUUUGUGAAGAGAAUCUGGGAACAAAAUACGUUGAGGCGCGUACGCCAUCUUUAGAAGUAUCGUAUCAAGAGAGUAAUUCCACUACUGCGAUGUUCUUUAUUCUGUCGCCUGGUGUCGACCCGUUGAAGGAAACGCUGGAAAUGUGCAGCAAAGAAGCGGAGUUUAAAUCAGUGUUGUUCGCUCUAUGUUACUUCCAUGCCGUCGUGGCUGAGAGACCGAAUCCUCGAGUGCCGUGGGAGGACUUACGGUAUCUCUUCGGAGAGAUCAUGUAUGGUGGACACAUUACUGACGAUUGGGAUAGACGGCUUUGUCGUACCUUCUUACUUGAAUACAUGCAGGCAGAAUUGGUUGAUGGUGAACUGCAACUAGCUCCUGGCUUCAUAUCACCAUCUAAUACUGACUACGUUGGUAUCAUGCCUACAUUGACGACUAUCUACCAGAUGAAACUCCUUAUUUGUAUGGGUUGCAUCCUAAUGCGGAAAUAGGAUACUUGACUACUGUCUCCGAAAGACUAUUCAAGGUGGUGUUUGAAAUGCAACCGAGAGAUACUGGCGCUCAGGCUGGUGGUGGCAUGAGUAAAGAUGAACAGAUUCGAAUGUUGCUGGAGGACAUCAUGGACAGAAUCCCUGAGCCAUUCAACCUGGCUGAACUGAUGGGAAAAGUGGAAGAAUUGACUCCUUUCACUAUAGUAGCAAUUCAAGAAUGUGAGCGAAUGAACAGACUUAUGGGAGAAAUUCGGAGGUCAUUGAAGGAGACUGAAUUAGGUCUUAAGGGAGAGUUGACUAUAAGUGGUGAUAUGGAGGCACUGAUGGAGUCUCUGUUUAUGGACAAUGUGCCUGAAUCAUGGAGUAAACUGGCAUACCCUAGCCUGUUGGGGCUGGCUGCUUGGUUCUCUGACCUGUGCAUUCGAUUGACUGAGCUUGAAAACUGGACUGGUGAUUUUACCCUGCCACCAGCAGUGUGGCUAGCAGGUUUCUUCAACCCUCAGUCUUUCCUGACUGCCAUCAUGCAACAGACGGCCCGUAAGAACGAGUGGCCUCUAGAUAAAAUGUGCUUGAAUUGUGACGUCACCAAGAAGAGUCGGCAGGACUUCAAUGCUCCACCUCGCGAAGGCGCCAACAUACACGGACUGUUCAUGGAAGGCGCGCGCUGGGACACUAUGACCGGCGGUAUAGUCGAGUCCCGUAUGAUGGAGCUGUUCCCCAUGAUGCCAGUCAUCUUUAUCCGCGCCGUUACACAGGAUAAACAGGAUACACGUAACGUCUAUGAGUGUCCAGUCUACAAGAUUCGUAUGCGAGGUCCAACUUUCGUUUGGACCUUCAAUCUGAAGACCAGGGACAAACCAACUCGCUGGACCCUCGCCGGAGUAGCAUUAUUGCUUGGAGUCUAAAUGUUAAUUAUUUAUACUUAUUAUUAUUUUGUUAUAGCGAAGAGCUAUAUUUUCAGUGUUGUGCAUGUCAUAAUUAUGUUUGUGUGAACUGUCUUUAUAAAACAUUUUCCUCAUUUAGAUUAAUAAAUAUUUAUUAUUUCGAUUGAAUUUUAUUGUCAUCCCUUCAUCAUCUUAGUAUAGAUUUAAACUUGAAAGUUUUAAAAUACCCUAAAUCUCCCCGUGGUCCAUCAUAUCCACAUCAAAAUAAACAAAGUUUUUCACAAAAUCAAUUAUAUUUGUCACUAAUUAUAAUUAAAUACGAUUUGAGUAUCAUGACAAAAUAUUUUGUGCAGAAAACAAUCAGCGUUUUAAUGAUAUAUUUUCUUAUUUAUAUGUGCAUUACAACGCUUUAACAGGAAGACUACACAACAUUGACUUAGUUUUUAUAGAUACUCUGCCAGAUACAUACAUACUUCAUCUCUUAUUAAACUCUCUUGUUAAGAAUUAUAAAAAAUAAAUAAUUAUUCCUUUUAUCUGUCGAAAUGGACGGCUUUGUUUAGUCUAAUCACUAUUUUGUAGGUGCAACGCAUUACAGGUCUAUCGACGCAAUAUUUAGCUGUCACUACAUACUUUUUCGAUAUUGGCAGUGAUUAGUACAGAUUUGUCGUCAAAAUAUGUAAACUAUUAUCACAAUCAUCCUGUCCUUACACUCUUGGUGUUUAAAGUCGCACUUGGAGAAGAGUUAUCGUUGUCAGACGUUGGUUCAGAGCCCUUCACUGUAAACGUGACGUAAUAUCGUUUAUUCUUAUCAAGUUUCUCAGCUGGUAAUGCUAUCAACUGCUUUUCAGUCCCAUGGGACACUUCUAGCGUGACGUGCGCCUUUGCAGUACCUGAUGGGGGCUUAGAAUUUAUUUUCGGAAGAAAGCCUUUCGACUUUGAACUGCCUCCAGCUGUUGCGGGCUUCGGCAUUGUGUGAUGAUUCCACUUGUAGGGAACUAAAAUGAAAACAAAAUGAUAAGUCAGUAACGAUUUAUUGCGUUACUUAAUUUUGGUGACGAUACUUACUAUACGCCGAACACGGUAUGCCAGUAUAAGCAUGCACUGCGUGGUAACAUCUAUGGGUCUUGCUCGUACAAAGACAUGGGUUGUCAGGAAUAGCACUCAUUUUAUAUAGUUCACUUUCUCCAUAGUCAAAAUCAAUUGGUUUCUCUGGUAAUUUAUCCAAAUGUUUCUUUCCGCUCUUUUGUAGUUUCCUUAAACUUUCAUAAAGAAAUUUCUCGAAACUGCUAAACGAAUAGUCUGGAGUAUUGUAUGGGCCUAGACCUACGUUAGCUAGGCUUGAUUUAUUAUAUUCGUCGAUAGCUCUCUUGACUAAGACCGCUUCAUUUGCUUUGCUGGUUCUGAUUUGAAGUCGUUUCAACUCUAACAAAUGUUGAAAAAGUUUUCUUUCGCAAUAAUACCUG